UGCUAAUGACACCAGCUCGUGUCUGUGAAUCUGCCCGGGAGUCGCGCGGGGAUGCGAGAGUCUCUGGAGUCUAAACUAAACUGAAAGACCGGAGGAGGAGGAGUCCCACUGUCUGAGUGAGUCUCUCUGUCUCUGUGUGUGUGUGUGUCUCUGUCUCUGUGUCUGUGUGUGUGUGUGUCUCUGUCUCUGUGUGUGUCUCUGUGUGUGUGUGUGUCUCUGUGUGUGUCUCUGUCUCUGUGUGUGUCUCUGUGUGUGUCUCUGUGUGUGUCUCUGUGUGUGUCUCUGUCUCUGUGUGUGUCUCUGUCUCUCUGUGUGUGUGUGUGUGUGUUUGUGUGUGUGUGUGUGUGUGUGUGUGUGUGUGUGUGUGUGUGUGUGUGUGUGUGUGUGUGUGUGUGUGUGUGUGUGUGUGUGUGUGUGUGUGUGUGUGUGUGUGUCAGAGAGAGAACUGGAGUGCGUGUGGCUCAGGUCGCAGAAGGGAGUGUGUCUGCGCAAGCGUUUAAGCACCAUGGACAGCAACCGGGAGCCAGUCUCGUUAACAACCAACCAGUGGGAAGUUUAGAGCAGCCCGCUCUCCUCUCAGUGUUGACCGGAGGAGCUCCCGUUGUCAGCGACAGAGACGACUCACUUUUGGAUUUGGAAAUAAUGAUCUAGUCUUUGUUCAUGCAGAACUUUCCUCAGCACCGGGAUAUGGACUAACAUCACGCCACCCGCCAAGGGCCAACAGGCGGACACCGGCUCCUCCAGGCUCGGGUUGCUAGUUGGCACAAAAACAUGACAUUUUUUGAAACGGGAUGAAACAGGGACCUGAACUUAUCAGUUCAUCUUUAUUUAAUCAGAGUCGUGACUGUUAUCCGGGGAGUAGCUUAAGAAACGCUAGUUUUCGUUUCAAAACGUUUUGCUGCCAACCCUCCUGACUGAGGCCAACCUAGGAGGACAGACCGGCUGGUCUCCAGGAGGAUGCCCGGGCAGGAUGUGCUCCAGCCGAAAGAUCCUGUGGAGCCUGCUGCUGCUGUCAGUGUUGGAGGUGGGUCUGGGGGUGACCAGUAUCGUCCUGGGAGCCGUGGGGCUGAGCCGGGUCAGGGAGGAACACAAGCUGCAGCAAGGAGACGCUUCUCCCAUCUGGAGCGGCAUGUGUUUUCUAAUCUGUGGGAUGUGUGGAGUGCUCUGUUCCAAGAAGAGGACUGGACUCAUCAUGAUUCUGUUCUCAGCUUGCUGUAUCUGUGGUCUGAUUGGAGGGAUUCUCAACUUCCAGUUCGUUAGGGCGUUGUCACGACGACCAGACUCUCUUCGUUCCCUACACCUAGCAGCCAUGACUAUUGCCUGCCUGGGUCUCUCUUCCUGUACUCUCUCAACCUGGUUAACCUGUCGUCUGGCCAAUUCAGAACAACAGAGGAUGUUUCUGGAGAGAGAACACUCAUUACACCACUCACACGAGAUGGCUGAGAAGGAUUCAUACACACACGGAUCUUUCGAGAUCCUUGACAACUCCAGCAAUGGGAUUCCCCAGAUCUCCUACAAUGCUAACACCACAUCUCCUUAACAAUGGACACACCUUGUUGCCCUGACAACUGGCACAUCUUGUAACCCUGACAAUGGAACCACCUUGUUGCUCUGACAAUGGACACACCUUGUUGCCCUGAUGAUGGACACAACUUGUUGCCCUGAUGAUGUACACACCUUGUUGCCCUGACAACUGGCACAUCUUGUAACCCUGACAAUGGAACCACCUUGUUGCUCUGACAAUGGACACAACUUGUUGCCCUGAUGAUGUACACACCUUGUUGCCCUGACAACUGGCACAUCUUGUAACCCUGACAAUGGACACACCUUGUUGCCCUGAUGAUGUACACACCUUGUUGCCCUGACAACUGGCACAUCUUGUAACCCUGACAAUGGACACACCUUGUUGCCCUGAUGAUGUACACACCUUGUUGCCCUGAUGAUGGACACAACUUGUUGCCCUGACAACGGAGUGACAUCGUGUAACAGAGCUGAGCAGCAUUAUUACACAGCUGUGUGUAGAGAACUUCAACACAGAUGGAAGAAGUUUCCCAAAAUAAAACAACAAUGAAUGCUAUUCUUGGACAAGUUGUUACGAGUUCUGAUAGUCCCAAUACACAGAGUCACAUGACAUAUGCCCUCGCAGACAGGAGGGACACACAGCCAAUCAGACACUUCAAACUAAUGAUCACAAAACACGCAUGCAAUUUAUUUUAAAUCUCUCUCCCAUUCCUCUCUCUCCCUCUGGUUCUGGCUAUAUGAAUGUAGGUGUAUGGUGUAUGAAGGAACAGUGCUUUAGCAAUUUCAUGCAGAGCAGAAUAUGGAAUUCUUUAAAGUAUCAGACAUACAACCAACGAUGCACACUGUAGAGCUGCUGUGGGUAACCGUCCUCCUGUAGAGCUGCUGUGGGUAACCGUCCUCCUGUAGAGCUGCUGUGGGUAACUGUCCUCCUGUAGAGCUGCUGUGUGUAACCCUCCUCCUGUAGAGCUGCUGUGGGUAACCCUCCUCUUGUAGAACUGCUGUGGGUAACCGUCCUCCUGUAGAGCUGCUGUGGGUAACCGUCCUCCUGUAGAGCUGCUGUGUGUAACCGUCUUCCUGUAGAGCUGCUGUGGGUAGAGCUGCUGUGGGUAGAGCUGCUGUGGGUAACCGUCCUCCUGUAGAGCUGCUGUGUGUAACCCUCCUCCUGUAGAGCUGCUGUGUGUAACCGUCCUCCUGUAGAGCUGCUGUGGGUAACCGUCCUCCUGUAGAGCUGCUGUGGGUAACCGUCCUCCUGUAGAGCUGCUGUGUGUAACCGUCCUCCUGUAGAGCUGCUGUGUGUAACCCUCCUCCUGUAGAGCUGCUGUGGGUAACCAUCCUCCUGUACAGCUGCUGUGGGUAACCGUCCUCCUGUAGAGCUGCUGUGUGUAACCAUCUUCCUGUAGAGCUGCUGUGGGUAGAGCUGCUGUGUGUAACCGUCCUCCUGUAGAGCUGCUGUGUGUAACCCUCCUCCUGUAGAGCUGCUGUGGGUAACCCUCCUCCUGUAGAGCUGCUGUGGGUAGAGCUGCUGUGGGUAACCGUCCUCCUGUAGAACUGCUGUGUGUAACCAUCUUCCUGUAGAGCUGCUGUGGGUAACCCUCCUCCUGUAGAGCUGCUGUGGGUAGAGCUGCUGUGGGUAACCGUCCUCCUGUAGAGCUGCUGUGGGUAACCCUCCUCCUGUAGAGCUGCUGUGGGUAUCCCUCCUCCUGUAGAGCUGCUGUGGGUAACCCUCCUGUAGAGCUGCUGUGGGUAGAGCUGCUGUGGGUAACCCUCCUCCUGUAGAGCUGCUGUGGGUAACCCUCCUCCCGUAGAGCUGCUGUGGGUAUCCCUCCUCCUGGAGAGCUGCUUUUCUCCAGCAGUGCUCUAACCAGAUCCCGAAGCAGAAACCUACACACCCAGUAACUCUCCAGGAGGCAGGUUAGCUUCACCUCCUGCUGUAUAUUCAUGUACUGUAUAUCAGGAAAUUACAAUAUUUUUCUAUAGGCUUCUUAUAACAUUGAAAUAAAACUAUGGAAA